CCGUGACUGGGGCCGGCAGGGAAGCACCGCCCACACCCGGCGGGAGGCGGACGGACAUGGCGCUCGGAUCGGAGGCGCUGUCGGAGCGGCCGGUGCAGCUGGCUCUGAUGCUGGCCUUCGCCUCGGGCGUGCUGGUGGGCUGGCAGGCCAGCCGCGCGCGCCGCCGCUUCCUCGACUGGCGCAAGCGGCGCCUGCAGGCCCAGCUGGUGGCCACGCAGAAGAAGCUGGACUUGGCCUGACCGCCUGACUGGGAUGGAAGUCGACAAUUGAAUGAACAUAAACAGACUCCUGCUCCCUUUUUAUCUAAAUAUAUUUGAAGAAAUGAGGUUUUAUACAAUACAAAUAUCUUCACACACUUCUUCACUUGAAAAAGAAGGCAUCUGUGGUAUAAUACAGUCUCGCUUGCCCAAACUGACAUUCUCCAAAAAUGAUCUUCAUGCAUAUUAAAAUAACCUCUGUAUGGCUAUGAUGAGUUAAAUUGGUACUGUGACUGCAUGUCUGUUGUUUUGUAUUUUUGAGGAUUGUUCUAAGGACAGUUUGACACGCCUGUUCUCAGAGACAACCCGAGCAGGGUGAGGGGCCUGGGGCAAAUCAGCCUGUGCGGGGCCCUGUCCCUGGACACGAAGCUGGCAGCAGAUUCAGUGGCGAGGGGCCGGGGGGUGCCAAGCGGCCAGACAUGAAGUUGGAAGCAGCGCGGAAUCGCCACAACCACUCCGUCUGGCUCCACAGAGCCUCCCAAAAUGCCGGGCCUGGGGCAGUCACCCUGAUUCGCGCCCCGCAGAAAUGGUCCUGUUCUUUUUCUUUACUUUUCUAUUUGCUUGUCCCUGUGUCUUUUGACUCUAAAGCUGCUUCUGAACAGUAUAUGACUCUUACCACCAAAACUGUCAAUAUUUAAAGCUAAUAAAAUGUAAUUUAGAUUGCUUGUUAAAUACAAACUUUUGUUAAGUAAAAAUAUAGCUUAUGAAACAUGUUAAGAGCCUAAUGUUAAAGCCCAGAGAGGAGGUGGGAACAAGCACGUGAGCAAAAGUCAGUGAAAAUUAUAGAAUGGCACACAAGUAUACAUGGGUCAGAUAAAAUCAUUAAUUCAUGAUUUCAUGUUAGGCAUAAAAUUCAGAGUCUCUAUCAGUCCUUUAGACUUACUUUUUAUAUCAGGAAUAUGUCCAGCAAAGAUGCUUGUUAUUUAGUAGAAGUCCUUGGGAUUUUUUGAUGUUUUUGUGGGGACGGGGAGACAAGUCUCAGCCUCGUGCUUCAGGUGUCUUGUCUAUUGCUUUUUUUCUAUCUCCCUGCACUCUUAUUCACAAAUGUUUUCCUCCAGAAUUUUCUUUCAUGAAUUUCAAAGGAAGUCUGUACUCAUUUUAAAACACGUUGAGCAGAUGAUGCAAAGUAUACUCCAUGUAGAUUCAGAAUGUGGUUAGCACUUUAUUCUCAAGCUACUGUAAUGCUUUCCUGCUACCUCUCCUGUCAUCUUGCUUUUCCUAGGGUUUCUUACAUUUGAGUAGGUGACAUUAGAUGCUUUGGGUUGUGUGACUGGCACCUGCCACAGUGAACAACAGGCUUAUGUAACAUUUUCUUCAAGAGUGCUAAAGAUAGGUCAACAAAAUGCAGUUACAUUUUUACAACUAAUGCUAUAUUAAGUUACAUAAAAGUGGUAUGGCAUAAAUUUUAUGAGCAGGCUGUACCAAAUGGGGCUGAGGUCAGUAUUUAAUAGGUACCUGUAUUAUUUAUUGGGCAACAUGAAUCAUGUGAUAGCUCAAACUGCACAUGCUGUUAAAUUAUACCUAUACAUUUUCUUUUAUGAAUAAAUAUCAGGUAUUUUCAUAA